CUGGUAAACCAAGAAGCGAUUUAGGAAAAAUUCGUGUUGAAUUACGUAGUGUGCCAAAAAGUUACAUAGAACUUGAGGAGGAUGAUUACGCCACGAUAAAAUUUGAAUUUGAUGGUAAAUUAAAAGAUCAAACAGGAGCUUUUGGCUGGGGUUUACCUCCACCAAAUCCAGUGAAAGUUACUACAUAUGGAUAUCCAGGUAAUGGUGACUUGAAUUGCCCUAGAAACACGAAAACCUGUUGCUAUUGGGUAGGUGAUGCAACUCAAAAAGACGCGCUUGGGAUACCUGAACUAACUGCAUGGCAUGUUCCUGUAAAUCUUGGAAAGGGUGGAAGUGGAGGCCCUUGGGUAAUAAGAGUUGCGUCAAAUCAUAUUGGUUUUUUGGUUAGUGUAACAGGAUAUUUCUUUGGAAAUGAUGGAUCAUUUGCGGAUAUAUUAAAUUUUACACUCAUUAAAGAAUUAAUAGAUUGGCCAUCAAAUUAA